UCGAGCUCCAUCCAUACAAUGCGUAACAGGGCGAUAAGAUGACAUCUCCCGGCUGUGUUUUUACAGUAGAGCCGAAAAAUUCGAGGAAUCGUUGUUAAAAUUCUGACCCAAUAUUGGUCUAGUGUUGAUGGAGUUCAGAAUUUGAAGACAACCAGACGAGAAACGAUUGGACUUUCUAUUCAUCAAGUUUACAGGAAAGAGAAGACGUUACGUGGUGUUGUUCCAAACCAAAUACUUUAUGCUUGAUGAUGGAAAACGCCUGUGAAUGAAUCGGAAGGGUUUACACUAUUAGGGCUUCAUGGUUAGAUCUUGGGUUCAGAGAGCCUUUGUUAACUGGAUCAGAAAGAGGCCAGUAGUCAGUUCAUGUGAAUCGGAGAGGAGUGUCUGUCGUUGUUUAGAUGGUGAUUAGAUAGACAGGAAGGAUAGAUGGGGACUAAUAAGAAGCGUACGUUACUUAACCAUAAGCAGCGCACAUUACUUAACCCAACCACUGAAACCAUGUCGCAUGUGACUGACUGGGAAGCGUCCGCGUCGAUAAUCGUAUAACCUAAGAGAGAAAGCAUCUAGGGAGCGGGGCCUCUCAACUCACCCCUGGCCGGAGAGAGCAAGGACCGGCUGAGGUGACAUAACCCCGCCACUGUGCCACUAUGGAUCUACUUGAGUGCCCAAUCUGCCUGUUCCUCAUGUGUGAACCGGCCACCAUGUCCUGUGGUCACUCGUUCUGCCGGAGCUGCCUGGGAAACUACUUGCCAUCCAGGUGCCCAGCCUGCAAGGAAAGAUUUAAACAGAGAGACGCCAAAAACAUCAAGAACAACAUCCUGAUCUUCAGUGUCAUUGAGAAGUGCUGCCCAGAAGAGACGAGGAUGAAGUGCCAUAUUCUGGAGAAACUCAAAACCAGCGAGUUCACAGAAGCUUUACGCAUCGCGGAUGAAGGGAUACAACUAGCUCCUGGUGAUGUAAGUCUGAAGGUGUGGAGAGCGGAAGCCAAUAUGGGACUGAGACUGUUCUCUGAUGCCCUGAGGGACUUUGAAGACCUCUGCUCCGUUCGCCCCAACUGGACAGAGGGUUUCUUUCGUAAAGGUAAAGUGUUACUGGAGAUGGGCCGUCAGUCUGAAGCCCUGAUCCAGUUCCACCGCUGUCUCAAACUACAGGCCGACUUCACUCCUGCCAAGAGCCAGAUUAAAAAGAUCCUGGAGGAGGAGGGCAUGUCAGUGCCAGAGGAGGUGCCCCAGAUCCUCCAGGUGGUCUCGGAGUACCUCCGAGACCCCUGCCCCCCCAUCACAAGCCUCUUCCCCGCAGGACCCACACAAAGCCACACACACGCCGAAAGCCUCCGAUUCCCUCAGGAGGAGGGGGCAGACGGGGACAGGAGAGGAGACUCGGAGACCGGGUCAAAGGUGAAACAUGGUACCAGUACAGAGUGCUGUCUCAGUCUCUGUCAGGCCGUGUCCUUCCUCCCUUCAGCCGAGGAUGAUGAGGAGAUGAUGAUGAGGAAGGAGGAGCGGCACAGCAGGGGAGGCUGCAGUCUGGACAGAAAAUACUCUCUGAGUGUCCUCACUGUGUCUGACUUUGAAUGUCCCCUCUGUAUCAGGUUGUUCUAUGAGCCAGUGACCACUCCCUGUGGACACACCUUCUGUAGGACCUGCCUCGAGAGAAGCCUGGACCACAACCUCCGCUGCCCCCUCUGCAAACAGCCACUACAGGAGUACUUUAAGAACAGGAAGUACAACCCCACAGUGCUUCUGCAGGAGAUCAUGUCCCGCCUCUUCCCCCUGCAGCUGGCUGAGAGGAAGCAGGUCCACGAGACUGAGAUGGCCGAACUCUCCAAUCUAACUAAGGACAUCCCUAUCUUUGUGUGUACGGUGGCGUACCCGGGCGUGCCCUGUCCUCUCCACAUCUUCGAGCCUCGCUACCGCCUUAUGAUGAGACGAUGCAUGGAGACAGGCACCAAGAAGUUUGGCAUGUGCAGCUACGAACAUGGAAAAGGAUUUGCAGACUAUGGCUGUAUGCUGGAGAUUCAUAGCCUAGAGGUGUUGCCUGAUGGUCGCUCCUAUGUGGACUGUGUGGGAGGAAGUCGCUUCAGGGUCCUGAAGAGAGGACAGAGAGAUGGAUACCAAACCGCUGAUAUAGAGUACAUGGAGGACCACAAGGCUGAGGGGUCAGAGUUCGAGCUGUUGCAGAGCCUCCAUGACAGUGUGUAUGAGCAGGCCCAGGACUGGUACACACGCCUCACCACACGCAUCAGAGAACAGAUCAGCAGACAGUAUGGAACCAUGCCUGACAAGGACGACAACAUACAGGCCUCCAACAAUGGUCCAGCGUGGUGUUGGUGGUUGUUGUCAGUUCUCCAGCUGGACCCUGCCUACCAGACCACUGUCCUGUCUCUGCCCUCCCUCAAGGACCGCCUGGGACACCUGCGCAUCGUUCUGGAGUACUUCUCCCAGAGCUAGAGAAGAGGAGGAGUAUGAAGGAGAUCGAGGGAUACAGCUAUACUGGUGUUUCUGAUGCCUAUCCAGUACCCUACACAGAGAGGAGAGUCUCUACAGACUGGAUAAUGUGAACCAUACAAAAUACAGACAGUACAGGCACACACACACACUAAUAUAUCACACACACACACACACACACACUAAUAUAUCACACACACACA